AUGGCUGGAGACGCGAUCGCGCCUACGGAGCCUAGCCAAGUCAACGGCUCAAUAGGUCUCGACCGAUCCACCACAAAUCCUUACGAGACAAAUCCAGAAUUGAUUCCGCCGACAGAUUCAUUUCUUUCCCGAAGCCCGCAAUACGGUCGCUAUGCCCCGCAUGUCGAUGACUUCAAACCCCGCUACGAUGGUUGGUACCAGGCGGAACCGGAAGCUAGUUCGUACUGGGAGGAGGUAGUGCGCACAUCCUGCACUCCAGAAAAUUCCCUCAAUGUGCCAGGGACAAGGGAGGUAUACGCUGCUGGCAGCGUUCUAAUCAAAGUUGACCAGGAACCUGCGGCUGGUGCGGCUGCGGAACGAUACUCAAGUGUUAAUACGAACGAGUUGAGUGCUGCUAAAAGGGCGGAGGAUGCUCUUCAAGAACUCGGUGUUGCUACGCCAAUCAUAUACUUUUAUGGCACAGUUGACGGAAAGAACGUCACUGUGGAGUCUAGAAUUCCCGGAGUGUCUUUGGAGGUCGCCUGGAAGUAUCUCACGAUUGAACAAAUUGGCGCUUUUAAACAGCAAUGCCGUCGGAUUAUUCAGCGCCUUGCAAUUGUCGAGCCUGCGCCGGACUCUGCGUCGUAUGUCUGCGGCGAACUCAACGCUCAAUCACCUCCGGGUAUCGAGGACUCAGAAAGGGACAUAUUGUUUCAAGAUAAAAAGGGGACGGAGCAGCUCUAUCUAGUUCACAACGAUAUGAUCCGGUCCAAUAUCAUGGUCAAGGAUGGCCGGAUUGUUGGCAUUCUCGGCUGGCGACAAUGUGGGUUCUUUGGUUUCGAGAGAGCAAAGCAGAUACAUCGUCAGUUUCGGAUACCUGAGCGUCCCGUCAUUGAGAAUGGCGGGGUCAACGUAACUCAGGCCUGGGCCGACCUCUAUGACGAUAUCCCAGACGUUGGUGGGACAAACGGGCUCCCAGAUCAUCCUACUACAGCUGCACCUGAGGUGAAAAGUGAGCCUCUGCAGCCGUCGUUGGACAAAUAUCCCCCAAGCAACGAAACCGAGAUUUUGCCCGCUCUGGCGCAACUUGACGGCACCCUUUUGCCCGAAGAACAUCCGACGCCGAGGAAAGUCUCUGAUCUGAAGAGCGAGUUGGCCUCAAGAGCAUCAUCGACAGAUCGAUCAUCGCCAUCUGGUUCCAUCAAGGCAGCCGGGAGAAGAAAAUCGGGCCCCGGUGCAUCGAAGAAAGGGACAGCCAAGAAACAGACGACGAAGAAACGCAAAAUAGACGAACUUGCGAGCGAAGACGUGGGAAGCGGUCGCUCCAACACCCCUUCUUCGACUCGUGCCAGCAAGACGCCCGGAGUCAAGAAGCAGGGAUCCGUAUCUGUCGCGGGCUCUCCGGCCCCCGAUGGCAGGAAAAGGAAGAAGAAUGCGAAGAAGGCGAAAGUAGAGAAACAGGAAGAGGAGGAAGGACAAGAAGAAGAUUCGUCGGAGGAUGACGGGGUUUUCUGCGUCUGUCGCAAGGGUGAUGAUCAUACAUGGAUGAUUGCAUGUGACGGGGAAUGCGAUGAUUGGUUCCAUGGAAAAUGCAUCAACAUCGAUCCCAAAGAUGCGGACUUGAUAGACAAAUACAUAUGCCCGAAUUGCAAGGCGGAGGGCAAAGGAUGGACGACGUGGAAACCGAUGUGUCGACUAAAGGGUUGUCGGAAACCCGCUCGUGUGGCAGGCAAGAACCCAAGUAAGUAUUGCUCUGAUGAGCACGGACGGGAAUUCAUGCGUCGACGGAUCCAGCAACUCCACAAAGCCCCUGAGGAUCCCGCAAAGGCGGAAUGGGAGGAGCUUGGCAGCAGAGGUGGUGUUCUUACAACGGGUGAUCUUCACGCAGUCGUCAUGGCCGUUUCCUCUGCGGAGGAGUUCCGUAAACUUGGGGAGCGCAUUAUAUCGCCGCCGCCAGACGAGGAGGAUCCUGUGACAGGAGCAAGGUCGAACAAGAAGCUUGGCUUGGACGUGGAUCCCGAAGGCCUGACCUAUUCUCACGACGAGGCAUCAAAGCUUGAUCAGUUGCGCAAACAAAGAGAUGAGCUUCUCCACCGGCGCGAUAUGCUCAACACGCGUUCCACGUUCAUGACACUCAUUCGUCAGCGAUCAAAGAGCAUUGUCGAGAAGCUGAAGCAAACAGAUCCAAAGGGCGGAUGGAAGGAUAUCUGUGGGUUCGAUACACGUCUCGCGUGGUCGGACGAGGAAUUCGAUGAUUGGAGGCUGUCGAAGCUCGGAGCCAAAGCACUCGAGGAGGGCACCCCUGAAGCACUUGCUUCCAGCUAUCCGGACGCUGUCGAUGCGGAUGGCGACACGGCUAUGAAUGGCACCAAGACGGAGGACGAGAAGGAGGACGAGUUGGCCAAGUUGUCCCGCGGAGUGUGUACGAAGAAGCGUUGCGAGAGACACAAGCAAUGGGUCAAGGUUCACCAGUCCGAACUUCUAUUCGAGGAGAACACGCUGAAACAGGACCUUGCCACAUGCGAGAAAGAAGCCCAGAAUGUCGUUGAAAGGGCCGUUCUCCGAAUGUGGGCUGAAAAGGAGAAUGCUCAGAAUGGCGGCGAGUGA